AUGAAUGUACAAGGGAUGAAAGUUGCAGCUGUACAAAACUGUCGGUGUGCAGAAGAACUGCGCGUCCCCGUGACGGAAGACGGUGGCCCUGUAGACGCGCGGCUGCGCUGCCAGGCGUGCGUGCCCGCGUGCGAGGCGGUCGAGUACCGCAGCAUCGCCAGCGUGGAGCCGGGGGGCGGCCUCAUCGCCGAGCCGCUGCCCGCCAUCGAGGUGCACUACGGCACCCAGUCCGCCGUGCUCUACCGCAUGGAGCCCACAUUCACCAAUCUCUACCUCCUAGUGUCGCUGGGCAGCAUCCUGGGGCUGACGCUGGGCUGCAGCGCGCUCAGCCUGGUGGAGCUGGCCUACUUCCUCGCCAGGCUCAUCCUCGCCGUGAUGCGGCACCGUCGUAAACGGUCUGUCGGCCGCUUUCCAUCUAAGAGAUGGAAACCAGGAGUUUCAGCUGGUGGGCCACUGAUCCUGAGCGCAGAUCUUCUGCAGAGCCUCCACCUGCAGAUGGCUCCGGGACGAGGAAGGAAGAGUAUGGCACCACAGCCGUAUCAGCCGUGAAGAACUCCUUAGCCGGCGUCUCCUCUGCAUCUCUGGAUAUACAGAGUCUCCUGGACAGUGACAGACA